GUUUAGAAAAUUUGUAGAAAAACACUUCACUUCUUUGACUUAUUCUUUCCUCUUGAGGAAAGCAAAGUUCUCUUAAAACUAUGAACUCUCUGCCCUAAAAGCAGGGCCUCAAGAGCCAUUUGUGAAAGAACACAAAAAUCCCCGGAACUUGGAAAUAAACACAGAUUGGUGUUUAUUUGUGUUAGUUUAAAUGUAGUAGCCCGAUGUGUCAGAAAAGUGAAUCUGUAACACUUAAGUUAGACUAAGCAAGCAAAUAAUAUCAGCUAACAUGGCUUUAAUCUACUAAGUAACUUUAAAUCCAAAAGAUCAAAGGAAGUUAUAACUAAAAACAGCCCUUUGUGCAAUUUCCCUGUAGAAGCAGGAAAAGGCUAGAAAUUACAUGUCACCUUCAUAUCCUGGCUUGCUGACCUGGUGCUCAGAUCAAGACCCUCUGUAUGCCAGCUGUUACCAUUAUUAAGACCUUGCCCUGAGGGGUUAAGCAGGGAAAAAAACUCUCCUGUCCUAUAGGAGAGCAAACACAGCAAGUUCCAGCCCCCAACACGCCUCAUUCAGAGCUCUCUGCGUGUGCUUGUCAUUCAGCCUGUCCCGCCGCUCUGGGGAGCUGCGCCUGCCAACCCUGCCUUUCUGUGGAGCUGCGCUCCUGCAGCCGGUUACAGCGGUUGCUGCUGCAGUCUGCAGUCGCCUGCAGGCCACAGAGCCAGGGAAGUUGCCUCUUUUAACGUAAAGAGUCAAGAAAUUGAAGCAUGGCUAUGAGCAGCGGAAACGAUUUUGUGGUUCUGAGCAAUGGCAGCAUCGCAACCAGUGCUACCAGCCCUCGUCCCCUCACCCCCUGUGAGGGAGACCUUGCAGCCCAGCAGCUCACACCCAAAGAAGCAACAAGAACAAAAGUGAGUCCAAAUGGAUGCCUGCAACAUAAUGGCACAGUUAAAUCGUCCUUUCUGCCUUUAGACAACCAAAGAACGCCUCAGAUGUUAUCUCAGUGCUGCCAUCCUUGCCCAUACCAUCAUCCUUUGAGUAGCCAUAGCAGUCACCAAGAGCGCCAUCCCGAGGCUGGCCCUGCAGCGCCCUCUGCUUUGGCCUCAUGUUGCAUGCAGCCACACUCAGAGUAUUCUGCAUCUCUGUGUCCCAACCAUUCACCUGUGUAUCAGGCUGCGUGCUGCCUUCAGCCCUCGCCAUCCUUCUGCCUGCAUCAUCCGUGGCCUGACCAUUUUCAGCAUCAGCCUGUGCAGCAGCACGUAGCCAACAUCAGGCCAUCCAGACCUUUCAAGUUGCCAAAAAGUUACGCAGCCCUGAUUGCCGACUGGCCCGUGGUGGUCCUGGGCAUGUGCACCGUGUUUAUCGUGGUCUGUGCCUUGGUUGGACUGCUGGUGCCCGAGAGGCCUGACUUCUCUGAUCCACUGCUGGGUUUUGAACCAAGAGGGACUGCAAUAGGUCAGAGACUGGUCACAUGGAAUAAUAUGGUGAAAAAUACAGGAUACAAAGCAACAUUAGCAAAUUAUCCUUUUAAAUAUGCAGAUGAACAAGCCAAAAGCCACCGGGAUGACAGAUGGUCAGAUGAUCAUUAUGAAAGAGAAAAAAGAGAAGUUGACUGGAACUUCCACAAAGACAGCUUUUUCUGCGACAUUCCAAGUGACCGAUACUCCAGGGUGGUAUUUACUUCAGCUGGAGGAGAAACGUUAUGGAAUUUACCUGCAAUCAAAUCAAUGUGCAAUGUAGAUAAUUCCAGGAUCAGAUCUCAUCCCCAGUUUGGCAACCUCUGCCAGAGGACGACUGCUGCUUCCUGCUGCCCCAGCUGGACGCUGGGGAACUACAUCGCCAUUCUGAACAACAGGUCGUCCUGUCAGAAGAUCGUCGAGCGGGACGUCUCUCACACCUUGAAACUGCUUCGCACCUGUGCCAAACACUACCAGAAUGGCACCCUGGGACCAGAUUGCUGGGACAUGGCAGCCAGAAGAAAGGAUCAGCUCAAGUGCACCAACGUGCCGCGCAAAUGUACCAAGUACAACGCCGUGUACCAGAUCCUCCAUUACUUGGUGGACAAAGACUUCAUGACCCCGAAGACGGGCGACUAUGCCACGCCGGCUUUAAAAUACAGCAUGCUCUUCUCUCCCACAGAGAAAGGGGAGAGGAUGAUGAGCAUUUACCUGGACAACUUCGAAAACUGGAACUCUUCUGACGGCGUGACCACCGUCACUGGCAUUGAGUUUGGUAUCAAACACAGGUUGUUUCAAGAUUAUCUUCUAAUGGAUACUGUGUAUCCCGCCAUAGCCAUUGUGAUUGUCCUCCUGGUCAUGUGUGUCUACACUAAGUCCAUGUUUAUCACAUUGAUGACAAUGUUUGCGAUAAUCAGCUCCUUGAUCGUCUCCUAUUUUCUCUAUCGCGUAGUGUUUAACUUUGAAUUCUUCCCUUUUAUGAACCUCACCGCACUCAUUAUUUUGGUCGGAAUCGGAGCAGACGAUGCUUUUGUGCUCUGUGAUGUGUGGAACUACACCAAAUUUGACAAGCCCCACGCCGAAACUUCGGAAACAGUGGGCGUCACCUUGCAGCACACCGCCCUCUCCAUGUUCGUCACCAGUUUUACCACUGCCGCUGCCUUUUACGCUAACUAUGUUAGCAACAUCACAGCAAUCAGAUGCUUUGGCGUGUACGCGGGGACAGCUAUCUUAGUGAAUUACGUCUUGAUGGUCACGUGGCUCCCAGCGGUUGUUGUGCUACACGAACGCUAUCUUCUCAAUCUAUUCAGUUGCUUCCGAAAGCCCCAGCAAGUCUACGACACCAAAAGCUGCUGGGCAGUGGCUUGCCAGAAGGGCCACAAAGUACUCUUUGCCAUUUCCGAAGCAUCCCGAAUCUUUUUUGAGAAAGUCCUGCCGUGCAUUGUCAUUAAGUUCCGCUACCUUUGGCUGUUCUGGUUCCUCGCCUUAACGGUCGGGGGCGCCUACAUCGUGUGUGUCAAUCCGAAGAUGAAGCUGCCCUCGCUGGAGCUCUCCGAGUUCCAGGUGUUCAGGUCCUCUCACCCGUUUGAACGUUACGAUGCCGAAUACAAAAAGCUCUUCAUGUUCGAACGCGUCCACCACGGAGAGGAGCUGCACAUGCCCAUUACUGUCAUCUGGGGCGUGACCCCCGAAGACAACGGCAACCCGCUCAACCCCAAGAGCAAAGGGAAGUUGACGCUGGAUAGCAGUUUCAACAUCGCCAGCCCAGCCUCUCAGGCCUGGAUUUUGCACUUCUGCCAAAAACUGAGAAACCAAACCUUCUUCCACCAGACCGAUGAGCAGGACUUCACCAGCUGCUUCAUUGAAACGUUCAGACAGUGGAUGGAGAACCAGGACUGCGACGAGCCUGCCCUCUACCCGUGCUGCAGCCACUGGAGCUUCCCCUAUAAGCAAGAGAUUUUUGAACUGUGCAUCAAGCGGGCCAUCAUGGAGCUGGAAAGGAGCACGGGGUACCACCUGGACAGCAAAACGCCCGGGCCGAGGUUUGACAUCAAUGACACAAUCAGAGCUGUGGUGCUAGAGUUCCAAAGUACCUACCUGUUCACCCUGGCCUAUGAAAAAAUGCAUCAGUUCUAUAAAGAGGUGGACGCGUGGAUUUCCAGUGAGCUGAGCUCUGCGCCUGAGGGCCUCAGCAGUGGUUGGUUCGUCAGCAAUCUGGAGUUCUACGACCUCCAGGACAGCCUGUCUGAUGGCACGCUCAUUGCCAUGGGGCUCUCGGUGGCUGUGGCAUUUAGCGUGAUGCUGCUGACAACUUGGAACAUCGUCAUCAGCCUGUACGCUAUUCUUUCCAUAGCCGGAACGAUAUUCGUCACCGUGGGCUCUCUUGUCCUCCUGGGCUGGGAGCUGAACGUAUUGGAAUCGGUCACCAUUUCUGUGGCAGUCGGCUUGUCUGUAGAUUUCGCUGUCCAUUAUGGCGUUGCCUACUGCCUGGCUCCAGAUGCUGACCGAGAAGGCAAGGUAGUCUUCUCUCUGAGCCGCAUGGGCUCCGCGAUUGCCAUGGCCGCUCUGACUACCUUUGUGGCCGGGGCCAUGAUGAUGCCCUCCACAGUCCUGGCUUACACCCAGCUGGGCACCUUCAUGAUGCUCAUCAUGGGCGUCAGCUGGGCCUUUGCCACCUUCUUUUUCCAGUGCCUGUGUCGGUGCCUUGGGCCGCAGGGUACCUGUGGUCAGAUUCCUUUACCUAAAAAGCUACAGUGCAGUGCCUUUUCCCACGCCUUGUCUACAAGUCCUGGCGACAAGGGACAAAGCAAAACACACUCCAUGAAUGCUUACCACCUGGGUCCCAGGGGCCAAAAACCCGAACUGGAGCAUGAGUUCUAUGAAUUAGAACCUCUGGCAUCCCACAGCUGUAUCGCCUCUGAGAAGACCACGUACGAAGAGACCCACAUCUGCUCUGAGUUUUUAAACAACCAAGCAAAGAAUUUAGGGAUGCCUGUGCAGGCCACUUACAACAGUGAGCUCAACGCCAAGAACGAGCCCAGCUCGGCCCUGAUCCAGCCCUCGCUUGAACAACACACCAUGUGUCACUUGUUCUCUCUGAAUCAGAGAUGUAGCUGCCCGAAUGCCUACAAACACUUGCAGUAUGGCCCACACUCCUGCCAGCAGAUAGAGGACUCCUUGUGCCACCAGUGUGUUCCUACUGCCUGCGGCUUUGUCCAGAUCCACAAUGGCGUGGCACAUCGGAAGGCUGUGCCCCAAGCCACCGAGGGUUACGUGCAUCCCAUCCCACACGCCCACCACUGCCCCUGCCUGCUGGGUAGAGCGAGCCCACCUGGAAUGCAGAAUUCUCUGCCCAGGAAUUAUUUCCUCCACCCAGUACAGCAUAUUCAGGCCCAAGAAAAAAUGGGAAAGACCAGUGUCCCCAGCCUUCAGAGCAUAGAGGAGCACCCGCCUGGGACCGCAGAGCCGUCGCCAUUUGUCUGCAGGAGUACAGGCCCUUCACUGAACGCCUGCGAUGCUGAGGAUAACCAGAGGGGACUCUGUGACCGCAGAGACGUGGGGAACGCGGAGGGCAGUGCGGGCCCUGGAAGCACGGUCUCUGGUCUGGGGAAUGAGGCCGACAGGGCAGAGAGGAAAGUGGAGCUGAGCUUGUCACAGACCGAUGUAAUCGCAAACUCAGAACGUUGCAAUCAGAAUGAACCGAAAUUUCUAUUUAACCGUUUAAUGGGGGAGGCUGGGUGUAGAUCCUGCCCCAACAAUCCACAAGGUUGUAGCAGAGUUGUGAGAGUGAAGUGCAAUUCUGUGGACUGCCAGAUGCCAAACAUCGAAGCCACUGUGCCUGCUGUGUUCGCACACUCGGAACUUCCCGGUGAAAGUUUGUUAAUCAAAACACUGUAAUAAACAUAGCGCUACAGUCAGGCGCGGGCCUCGGUCAUUGUUUGGGAAUGGAAGUCAAAUCCAGAAGUUUAGAAAGGGAGCCCCGAACACCAGGGCACGCGUGUUUCACAUCAUUGCAAAUGAUGGGGUGUUUUUAUUUAUUUGUUUAUUUGCAUUUGAAUAGUGACCAAUCCCAAAAAUCCAAUGAGUUCUUUAGGUUAUUGGAUUGGCUGAUUGGAUAUUAUUGUUUCAAAAAGUAUGCUUUUUACAUUUAUAUGCAGCUUACAAAAAUUGUCUCUUUCCAUCCUCCCUUCGCGCUGAAUCGGAGAUUUAAAGUUUGAAUCACCUGGAAGUUUCAGUCCCCUCAGGCAGUCACAUUUACCCGAUAUCUUGAUUCUGGUGUAUUUACUUGGCAGCAAGCAAAGCUUCUGAUUGCUCAACAUAAAUACUAGGAAUUGCCCUAAUUUUAAUAGCACCACUUCAGUGGGAAUCCAAGAACUAAACCACAUUAAAAUGUACUUUCUGGUAAGGCUUAAUUUAAAAAUGAAUUGUCCAGCAGCUUGUUUACAUGAGGAGCCUACAUAAAGCCACUGACACAGUUUUACCCAAAUUGAGGCCUUUCCCACAUUAGCCCAAACAGCUAAUUCUUCAUGUACUACGUCUGUUAACCCAGGAGUCACAGACGACAUCUUGUGUCAGGCCACAAUUAUGUUGUGGCCACCAAACAGCAUGACUGAAGAGAUGUGCUCCCCAAAAGAAUGCUCUACCCCAGGGGACACCCCGCGUGAUGCAGGCAGACCCAGGUGAGGUUGUACAGCAUUCAGAGCAAGGGAACUGGUGGGACUUUGGCUUCCAUCUCUGCCCUUAAUGCAGCCGUGUUCAGAAGGCUUCUUCCUCCUUUGUUAGUCUCAAGACAUGUCGGAUGGUUUUACUGCAUAGCUAGCCCCUGGAAUGCUGAGCCCGCGGCGGCAUCUUCAGUGACGCUUGUGUAUCUUGUGUGAGAUCAGUCUACAAGCAUAGAGCAGUUGGAGCAUGCUUUCUGGGUAAUGCUCCCGAUGACACAGCGCUCAUCACAGGUGUCAUCUGAUACCACAUGCAUUCCAGCCCCGGGCAGGGAGAGCACCCCCGGAAUUCUGCUACUUUCUGGGUUUCUACUUCCAACUUGGUCCUCUGAAGAAAACGGGUGGAAAUGUUUCUAAAUACAAUGUUCUCUUCAGAAGGCAUACUAGUUUGUUUUCUAAGAAUAGUUUUCCAAAUCAGAUGUGUGUAUUAUUCUAGCGCCUAAAAAAAAAAGGCUCUCAAGAGCUGAAAGCGUUCUUAUUCUUAUGGGUCAUUGCCUCCAAUGCAGCUCCAUGCAAACACGCUUCAGUUAAGUUGUUUUCCAGCUUUUGCUUGAAUACUUAGUGACAAGCAACUCAAUACAUGUCCACCUUGGCUCAACGGAAA